AUAGAAUAAUGGAAUAUUAAGUAAAUUAAGAGAUGUAGUUUUAUACAAUUUAGAAGUAGAUGAAAUAAGGAAGCAAAAGAAUAUUAGAUUAUAUAUUAAAUUUAUGGAGAAAUUAGAAGGUAAGAGAUGACAAUCAAUUAAAUUUGAAUGUGAGAAAUAAUAUAUUAAGAAUUAGAUACUUAGUAUUAGGCUUAAGAUAAUGAAUUUGAAUUUAAAGAAAUAGGUUAAUAAUUAUAGAAUAGAAAU